AUGAGUGAUUUAAACAGCCGUGGAUUGGCAGAGGUAUUUUGUUUGCAAUGUUAAAAUGUCAAAUAGUCUGAAUUGUGGCUCUUAAAAAUGUGGGCACUCUAUAUAGGCCCCCAUGAUUAACGAGCUUUGUCUUUAUCUUGAUAGAGACUAAGUUUUGUGUAGGAUUAAGCUUACAUUUGAUAAUUUUACAAUCAUUUGACGUUUCAUUUGCACAGUUCCUUGUUGGCUCAGAAGACUUUGACAUGAGAGUGUUUAAAGAUGAUGAGAUGAUUACAGAGAUGACUGGAACUGAGGUUGGUGCAUCUAGCUUUUUUGAAGAAUUUAUUAUUUAUUUUACAUCCAGGUAAAAAUUGAUACUGAAUUUGCUUUUCUAGCUUUCAGGUCUUAAAUUCAGAACUGCAAUUGGGGCUCAUAUUUGAGGAAUUGCGUUUAGGCUCUCAGUUGAAGUGCACUGUGCAGGCUUUUAGUUGAUGUUGCGAGUUCAUGUUCUGAGGUCAUGUUCCAAGGUCAUGUACCAAGGCCAUGGUCCAAGGUCAUGCUCUGCUUUCACAUUCCACGGUGAUGUUCCAAGGCCAUGGUCCAAGGUCAUCAUCUGCUUUUGUGUUCCACGGUCAUGCUCCCUGGACACGUAUGGCGGUAAUGGUGCGAGGUCAUGGUCGGAGGUCAUGUUGCGAGGUCAUGUUCCCAGGCCAUGGUCCAAAGUCAUGCUUCACUGUCAUGUUCCAUGGUCAUGUUGCGUGGUCAUGUACACCAGUAAUGGUCUGCGGUGAUAGUCCAAAGUCAUGUUCUGAGGCCAUAGGUAAAGGUCAUGCUCUGCUAUCAUGUUCCCUGGUCAUGUUCCAUGGUCAUGUAAAGCGGUAAUUGUCCGAGGUCAUGGUACAAGGUCUUGUUGUGAGGUCAUGUCCUGAGGUCAUGUGCCAAGGUGAUGUUUUGAGGCUAUGUUCCGAGGUCAUGUUCAGAGUUGCAAGAAAUGGCUUGUCAUGACACUGAAAGUGGCAUUUUGAACAUGAACUGAGAAGUUUGUGCCCCUGAACACCACGGGAUGUGAUUUGCUUCUUGUUGGGACACCUGCAAACUUCUUGGCCUCCAAUGUGGAGAAGAAUUCUGACCUUUUUUAUGAAGAUGUAAGUGACAGCAAGGCCAUUUGGUAGACAAGAGAAAGAACAUUAUAAAAUGAUGCAGAAUAUCUGCUGGUCACAUUGUGAUAGGGUUUCAUAAAAGCACUCCUCCUGAAUUACUUUUCUGAAAGUAGUUUUAAGGGUUAAAAAGAGUGCCCUUUCCUUUAGAAAAUCAGGUUAACAGCACUCUCUUCCCCUUUGAAUAGGUAUCCCUUCCAUCUCCUCAACCAUACCCUGAGUUUAUUUAACUGCAAUAAACUCUAAUGUUAAGAAAACUUGAAGAACUGCCAGUAAAAAGUAAAAAACAACUUGGUAUUGUAGCCAAAAAUUUUGUAAGUUAAAAAAAGGAUAGAAAUGAAAAGUGCAUUAUGUAGUGAAAUGAAAAGGUCGGUUAGUACCAGGUGCAGUGUACAACCAUUACCAGGAGUUAAAAGUUAAUUUCAAUGGUGCAAGUUCCUCUCCCUGUCAAUUAUCUUUAGACUGCAGAUGGAGCAAAUGCAAUUGUGACAGGCAGACUUGGAUCUCUUGAGAAUCCUUUGGAAUAG